UUAUUAUUAUCCCUAGUAGUGUCAUCAUGCUCAUUGUAACAUUGUCUCAUUUGUAACAUAUGCUUCAUUUCGAUUCCAGUUCCAUCUUGCAAAGUAAUUACUGUGGCUAUAAGGGCAUGAUUCUUUUCAUUUACAAUGAGGUCCAUAAUCAUGUGGUUCAAUUUCAUGACCUUCGGCUCUCAUCAACAUUCCUUUCGGUGAAUCUGGACAAGCUGCUUUCAAAAUGAAUUUUGAGAAUAGAAACACGAAGUGAGAAAGUAAAAGUAUCAUCCGUAGAAUGGAAAGAGAAGCAGAUAUAUUGAAGAGGCAGGAUUUGAAAAAAAUGGGUGGAAGUACAAAUUGAGGUGGUUAUAAAAUGACCUCUCUCACCGAAACUCGAUUCAUUCGAAUUUUCGGCUAACAAAAGUGGACCUUGCGACCAUGAAUCAGCUUCUAACGUUUUUUGCCGUGUUAUUUUUUGCUCUGUUGGAUUUCACGGAACCGCAACACCAUCACCAUCACCAUCGAGGUCAUUCAUCUAGAAUUAAUCAGCAAUGUCCUUUACCAAGUGGUGACAUUGGAGUUUGUUUGCCUUUUCAUCUAUGUCCGGAAGUUCCAUUUAAUAUUUAUCGGAAACGAUGUGGAGGAUUUUGUGGUCCGAGACAUAAAUUUGAAAAUAAUUUGGUUUGUUGUCCAAAAUCCGAUAACAAAACUGAAAUUGAAACGGAAAUUAGAAAUGAAUCCGAAAUUAAUGAAGAUUUAGAUAAAAUUAUUUUUGAAAAAUGCGAAGAAUACAAAAAAAUCGCUGUUGAGGUUGAGAAUCAAGUUGAAACAGCAACACCCCGACUUAUUCAAACGUUUUUAAUCGGGGGAACUCCUUCUUUGAAUAAAGAAUUUCCCCACAUGUCACUUCUCGGAUUUGGAACUGAAGAAAACAUUGAAUGGAAAUGCGGGGGGAGUUUAAUUAGUGAUAAAUUCGUGUUAACAGCUGCUCAUUGUUUAUACACACCAUCACUCGGAGAUGUAACCUUUGCAAGAUUAGGAGAUUUGAACAUAAAAUCAACAUCGGAUGAUGCUAAAUCUCAACAAAUUAAAAUUAUUCAAAGAUACUUUCACCCAGAUUACAAUUCCGAUGAAUCCCAUUACAACGAUAUUGGUUUAAUCGAAUUAGAACACCCCGUUUCUUUCACAAAAUACGUUCGGCCAGCAUGUAUUCAAUCUAAAGAAAAUUCUAAUUCCAAUUUUAUUGCAACCGGAUGGGGAAACACAGAAUUUGGUGGAACAGCUAGUGAUGUUCUUCAAAAAGUUGAUUUAGUCAUGUAUUCUUACGAUAAGUGCAACAUAACCUUUGGGCCGCAAAGAAAACUUGAAAGAGGUGUUGAUGUAAAUUCGCAAUUAUGUGCUGGGGGUGGCGAAGGGGAACAAAAAGAUACUUGCCAAGGUGAUUCUGGGGGUCCUUUACAGGUUGAGAUAAAUGACAGCCCGAAGCUAUAUGAAAUUAUUGGUGUUACAUCGUUUGGAAAAGGAUGUGGGUUGGAAAAUAUUCCUGGAGUUUAUACGAAAGUUGAUUAUUUUAAUCCUUGGAUUGUUGAUAUUGUUUGGAAAUAAUUAUUUUAUAAUAAAUUUAAUACAUUAUAUCGGAAAUAAAAACAA